GGUGGACUCUACCACAAUAAAGACAAUUGUUCACACUAUGACUAUCUAUCUCGGAACACCGAGUCAGCGUUCCAGUAUUAGAGUUCAGUGGGUGCAACUCGCAAAGCAGGAUUCCCGUGAUCCGGGACUCGCUUCACAGGCUCACUACAAUACAAGUCUUGUGGCACAUGCCCCUCCGCGGGGAGAUAGCAUAUCAAAGGACAAGAAGAAGAAGAAUACAAGUCUUACCAUUGGUGCUCAGCGCAAAUACUGACGAUGGUGGAUAUAGAUAAGGAUAUAUGUCGACCAUGUCGACUAAUGUUUAGAGAGUCGAAAUGUUUUCAAAUUAUCCUUAUUUGAAACUCCGAAAUAAGGAAGCUUUAUACUAUGUAAUUCAUAUGGAUGCGUAGUAUUUAUUGAAUAUAAACUGUAUAUGAUUUCAUAACUAUUUAUCAAUAACAACAUGCGAAGACUAUCAUAUUUCUUACUGACUAAUAAUCAUUUAAUUAUAGAACUUACUCAUCAAUAGCCACCCAAAUGCUCUCAUUAUUUUAAUUUUUAAUAAUAUUAACAUCGGAUAUCGGAUCAAUGCACAAAAUAUGUAACAUUAGUGUGAGGAUUUGCAAUUUCGUGUUUUUUAUUUUUGAUAGAAAUCAGUGCACUUUACUGACGAAAAACCUUACUCGUUUUUCUAACCAACUGCUGCUGUCAAGUUAUGUUUCAGAAGAUUCAAAACAGUAGUAGCCCGCGAAACAAGUACAUAACCUAUAAUGCAGAUAAUACUUACCAUGGUGGUAUAUAACCUAAAACAACAUCCAAAGAAAGCGUUCAAAAUGUUUGAUGCCAAGUUUUUAUACCGGUGAUCCGGAAUUAAUUGGUUAUCAAACACCACGAAAAAUAUUGCGGAAUCAACUUUUCGAUGGAAACAUUGAAAAAUUCGUUAACUGGAUAAUUAUUCAAUCGUAAGCUUACAGAGGACGAAAAUAUCUCAAGUUGUGUUGCCGGUGUUCCUUUUAGGUUAGUAGUCUCACAAAGCGUGUUGAAAAAUUGUCAUACAUUAACAAUUGUAUUUGCAAUCGUUGCUAAUUGGAUCGAGAUUCGUGUUGAUCAUGUCGGACGAUGAAGAUUUGGUGUACGUGAAGAAGCAAAAAAUUGUGCAUUAUGGUUCGUUGGAAGAGACUGAGAGGGCAAGACUCGCUGCUAACGCAGGCGAGUCUUCCGACGAUGAAAAAGAUGGCCCAGGAACAAAUGAUCUUUCGAGUGGUGGUAUGGCUCUGGGCAAUGUACACAUAUCCAAUGAGUACAUGGAUCUUGAAGAUGAGAUGUCCAAAGAUCGUCAAGCCCUGCUAGAGGAAUUUGAGCGCAGGAAAAAAGCAAGGCAGAUUAAUGUUUCCACCGAUGAUUCUGAGGUCAAAAAGAAUUUACGACAAUUAGGUGAACCCAUUUGUCUCUUUGGUGAGGGUCCUGCCGAUCGACGAGCCAGAUUGAGAGAACUUCUUGCUAGUCUUGGCGAAGAUGCCAUUAAAAAGAAACACCAAGAAGAAGAAAAGCCUGCUCAUCCACCAGAACGUGAUACCGAAGCUACUUGGUACCACGAAGGACCGGAUUCUCUUCAAAUUGCUCGAUCUUGGAUUGCAUCAUAUUCAUUGCCGAGAGCUAAGGCAAGGUUGGACCGUGCAAGAGAAGAGCUGGAUCUUCCUGGAGCGACGCGCACAGCCCGUCGUCAAGAGCUAUUGAAAAAGUUACAAGCACUAACAAUAUACUGCUCACAAAUCGGAGACACGAGGCCCAUAUCGUUCUGCGAGUUCAGUCCAAACUCAAAAAUGCUUGCGACUGCCUCGUGGUCAGGACUUUGCAAGUUAUGGUCUGUACCUGACUGUAACCUUUUGCGAACUCUUAAAGGUCACACUUGUAAUGUUGGAUGCAUUGUUUUUCAUCCUAAAGCCACGUUAAGCCAAGAAGUAGUGAGCGAAAAGCCUGGCCAGACGUGCGUACUUGCAAGCUGCGCGUCAGACGGAACGGUCAAAUUGUGGGGAAGCGGAAGCGGAGAAGAGCCUCUUGCAGAGGUCGAAGGUCAUGAGCCACACAGGGUCUCGAGAAUUGCUUUUCACCCAUCCGGACGGUUCCUUGGCACAUGCUGUCACGACUCUUCUUGGCGGUUGUGGGAUCUCGAACAGCAGGCUGAAGUACUUCAUCAGGAGGGACAUGCGAAACCCGUUCAUUGCAUAAGUUUCCAAGGCGACGGCAGCGUAAGUGCGACUGGAGGUCACGACUCAUUCGGGCGGGUAUGGGAUCUUCGUACCGGUCGCUGCAUCAUGUUUAUGGAAGGUCAUUUGAAAGCUGUAUUCGGGAUUGAUUUUUCAUCAAAUGGUUAUCACAUAGCGACCGGAAGCGAGGAUAAUACUUGCAAGAUCUGGGACUUGCGUAAGCGUUCGUGUGUUUACACAAUCCCGUCGCACACGAAUUUAUUGUCGGACGUGAAGUAUCAAAAGGAGGAAGGGCAGUAUCUAGUCACGGCAUCGUACGACGGGAGCGCAAAAAUCUGGUCGAAUAAGACGUGGCAGCCUCUCAAAACGCUGCAAGGUCACGACGGUAAAGUUAUGUCAGCCGAUGUGUCCGCGGAUCAAAAGUUUAUUGCCACGAGCUCCUACGAUCGAACAUUCAAACUGUGGGCACCAGAAAAUAUGUGAGCACCAUCUAAUACAACGAAUAAUAAAAUAAUUGAAAUGAAAUAGAAAAAUCACAAGCAAAAUGAAGUAAAACUCUCGUGUGUUGGGGAGUGUCAAUCGUGAUUAUGCGAGCAAACGUUGAACGUUGUCUUAGGAGAAUUUGUGAUUCGAGGGAAAUAACGGAAAAAUAAAACUUGUAAUAUUACUAUAGCUGCGCAAAUUUCCAUUAUUUUUGUUUUCAAAAUCAUUAAUAAGUCUAUCAAGCGUUAGUUCAACAAGCUCUCGAAUGAAUCGAGAAAUCACGGAACUUGGAUCAACAUGCGCUAAUAAUAAAUCGUCGGAGGUUCAUUUCCUUUCUUCAUUUUUAUGGGUCUGUUGCUUUUUAAUGAACAAAGGUCAUGGAAGAAAAUACAAAAGCGAUUCGAUACAAGAGUUUCAUUCGUUUUAAAGGCCGAUCAAUACUUGAAUACUGUUCUAGGUGUCAUUGUUGACAAACCAUUUUGCUUGGAUAACGUUUACUAUGUGUUUAGCGAGGAUAGGAGAUUCAUCCAGACCUUUGACUUUUAUAGCUCACACUCCGUCGAUACGAAGAAAUGUAAUUUCCACCAGAUCCCUCCAAGUUUUAUUGAACGUUUUACCAUCGACUCGAUCUGCUGCGUCAGGCGAAAGUUUCUUUAUACUUUUCAGGAAAAACUCUUGAAUUUUCUCCUUCAUUCGGUGCACGCGGAGAUUCCUUUUCAUUUUUACGUCCUCGUGAUAAGUUUUUUUUUGACGCAUGCGUUAAAUAAAACGUGACAUACUUUUACAGCUCUAAAAAUUGCCCCUUUAGCAGUGAUGAAACAACAGUUUUUUUAAUUCAAGAGUUUUUUCUAUCCGAGCGGUUUAUGUGAAAAAGCGUUGGCAAUUACUUCCUCCCAAGAUAAGGGAGAAAAUAAAAAGUUUUCUCGUAAA